UUGAGGGGUCCUGGUUGUAUCUACAAGCUCUGCUGUAGACUGUGUUCCUGUUAUCCAAUAAACCUUCCACUUUACUGGCUGGCUGAGAGUCAUGGUGAAUCGCAGGAAGCUGGGGGUACAGGGACCUGAGUCCCCGACACUCCGCGACAACUGGUGGUAGCGGUGAGAUCUACUGCACCCCGUGGACGGCGCUUCCUGCAGUAAGUGACUGGGGAGCAGUAAAACGAAGGGGGAUCGACGGGGACCAGGUGGGCUGAAGAGUCAGAGAGAGAUGGUUCAGGGGGCGAUUAACCCCUGGGAGUGUGUGACCAGUGAGAAGGACUUUUGCAGUAACAGGGUCCCCCGGGGGAUCGCAGUGAACGGUCCCGGGGUGGAGGAGUCUGCAGCUCGACCCUGGCAGAGAGGUGGUGACCUGAAGAAGGGCUGGCACACUAGGGGUCCCCCUGGAACGGUGGAAAGCGGAGAGCACAGGCCAGCGAGUGGCCAGCAGGAGGAUGUAUGCUAAACGCCUUAAGAGCGACCUGGUGGAGCUGUGCAGGCAGAGGGGGCUGCGCAUUGGGAGGUCCACCAAAGAACAGCUAAUUGCCCAGCUCGAGGAGAGGGAUCGCUUAGAUGAACCAAGCCCCGUCCCUGAGAGAAGCUGCUCGGCGGAUGCAGUGUGGGCUCCGGGGCCUGACAUGGCUGGGAGGGUUCACACUGCUGCCGAGGACAUCCCGAGACUCUGCCUACCUAUACCUAGGGGAGGGGUUGGGGGAAGUCCAGCGAAUACCGAGGGCACCCUGAUCCCGGCGGCCAGCAGGGGAUCGUCCCGGCAGAGCUCCCCAUCCCGGGAGCGGAUGCGACUGGAAUAUGACAGGGAGCGGAGACUGAAAGAGUUCGAGUUAAGGCAGCAAGAACUGAAGCAUGAGCAGGAAGAGAAGGAGAAUCAACGUCAGCAUGAGCUGGAACUGGUCAGGCUGAGGAGCAGUGGGGCCCCGGCUGCGGUGAGCGAGGGGGGACCCAAGACUGCAAAGAGCUUUGAUAAGUGCUUCCUGGCCCAGCGUAAGGAGGGGGAGGACAUAGAUACCUUCCUGAUGGCCUUUGAGAAUACCUGCAAGCUGCUCCAGGUUGACCCUGCAGACAGGCUCCAGUUUCUCAUCCCCUCACUGGACUCCACAGCCAGGGAGGUGUACAGCCAACUGAAAAGGGCGGAGACGGGGGACUACGAAAUGUUCAAAAAGGCCCUGCUCCGCGAGUUUGGGCUGACCCCUGAGAUGUACUGGAAAAGGUUCCGGAGUCAGCGUAAAACCCAUGAGGUCACAUACCUACAACUAGCCAACCGGGCGCAGGGGUAUGCCCGCAAGUGGACAGCUGGGGCCCAAACUAAAGAGGACCUGCUUGACCUAUUCGUACUGGAGCACGUGUAUGAGCAGUGCCCAUCUGACCUGAGGCGAUGGUUGAUGGACCAAAAGCCAGAGAACCCGCAGCAUGCAGGCCAGCUGGCCGACGAGUUUGUGAACAGUCGGGCCGGGGAUAACCGGGAGGAGUCCCAAAGGAACAGGCCCGCCACAACGCAGAGAGAGAGUCACCAUGGGACCUCCCAGCAAGGAACUAUGGAGAACCCCCACCAAAGGGGAACAUCCAGCGUCAGGUCCAUCCGACCCACUCAAGGGGACCCACGGGACAUGGACUGUUAUCACUGUGGUCAAGAGGCCACAUACAGGCCCAGUGCCCCAGGCUCAGGGACAGACUGAGCAGACCGAACCCACAGAGGGUUGACUGGGUAGAGACCCAGCCGGGCGAGAGGCAGCAUUCCCAGGGAAGGGGGGCUCGCAGAGUACCACCUGCUAAGGAAGGAGGAGAGCUCCAGGCCAGCUCCUCUGGGGGGCUGGAUGCUCCAAACUCAGGGUUUUCGGUUUACAGGGUGGGCGCGGGGCUGCCCCUCCGGAGAGAGUGCCUUGUUCCCCUGGAGGUGGAUGGGAGGAAGGUCAAUGGAUACUGGGAUACGGGCGCAGAGGUAACGCUGGCCCGGCCCGAGGUGGUGGCCCCAGAUUGGGUGGUGCCCGAC